AUGAAAAACACAUUUCCGAUAGGAAGGAACGUGUUCAGCUCGAGAAAUGAGUAUAAGAGUUGGCACGUGACGACGCAAAAAAAAUCGAAGUGUUCAAUGACUUAUGCAAACGGCUGUACAGUAGUAACAACCAAAGAACCUGAUUCGCUGGAAUCGAAUUGGAUGUGUGGUCAAAUAAUUUGGCUCACGCAAUGCCAAACAAACAAAAAUUCAAACUCUGUCCGAAUUGGUCCGAAAGACCCGUUUGGCUCGAACCCAACUCCGAGAACCCUCUUCAUCUCAUUACACACCGCUGUUCGUCGAAAACGCUUAUGCAUGCUUGUUUCUUUUGGGUUGCAUCCUAAUUGA